AUGCAUGCGGCGGCCAAGGCAUCGGAGUCAACAGGCACGUUCGUCUUCACGCACCGCCUGCUGGAGCAUGCAGAGCGACUCGAGCUCCCGUUGUACCUUCGCGAGAAGUGCACGGCCAAGUUCGUGGACCUCUCGGGCCUGGACAACUGGGACAGCGUGUCCCUGCGCGCCAUAGCCGCGGCGGUGAAGUACGGCCUGCGCUCGACGCGCUCACUAGUGCUGGACGGGAUUGCAAUCGGGUGCCGACCAGAGGUGUUUGAGGACUGGUGCGCGGCCUUUGAGGAACACCCUGGGCUCCAGCACGUCUCUCUCAGGCACUCGGGCCUGGACGACUCGGGGGCGCAGCGCUUGGCGCAGGUGCUGCACGCGCACCCCGUGCUCUUCUCCCUCGACCUGUCGCACAACCGCGUCGGCGACGCCGGGGUGGCUGCGCUGGCAGAGGCCCUGGAGGACAACCACGCUCUGCUCGAGUUGUGCCUCGAGGGUACCGACGCCAGCGAGGCCACCCUUCACGGGCUCGCGAUGGUGCUGGAGCGGAACUCGUUGCAGCUGACUGGGCGCGGGUCGCCCGCCCAGCUGCUGCGGGGCCUGCGGCGCGCGCGGGCCGACGCGCGGACCUCCUCGGCCCGGCUGUCCGCCGACGCCGCGGGCGUCACGCCUUCGACGGAGAUCGCCCUGGAGGCCGGCGCCUGCCCCCCGGGCCGGCCGCCCCUGCCGCCCCGCGGCGCCUUCGGCGCGCCCGGGCUGGCGCCGCGGCCAGAGGCGGAGCAGCUCUUCUUCGCGGCGGACGGCCCGAGCGUGCAGGGGCUCCUGCAGGAGCUGGCGCGGCGCUGCGAGGCGCCAGCGCCGCACGGCACGGCCUCGCAGCGCGAGGUGCUCUGCGAGCUGCGCUGCCGGGCGGCGGACCUGCGCUGCCGCCGGCAGCUGGAGCGCCAGCGGGGCGAGGAGGCCCUGGGCCGGGUCGCGGCCGCGCUGCGCGACGGCCGGGAGCGGCUCGGCCCUCAGGAGGAGCAGCUCCGGAGGCUCAAGGAGGAGCUCGCCGAGGCGGUUGAGUGCACGAAGGCCGUCCUUGAAGGCGUCGUCGGGAAGAAGGUGGCGCUGAAGUCCGCGGCCGACGAGCUGCAGCGGGAGCGCCAGCAGACGUACCACGACGAGGUCACGGCCGAGAAGCUCGUCCACGACCUCAGGCUCUGGAACGAGGAGGUGGCCGAGGAGGCGCAGCAGCUGGAGCGCGACCUGCACGUCCUCGAGGCGAGCUGCGAGCGGCUGGCUGCGGAGGGCGAGCGCUCCAGGAGGCUCCUCCACGCGCUCAGCUUCGAGACGGACCGCGAGUCCUUCAAGCCGUCGUGGGUGCUGCAGAGUGCGCCGCCGCCCGGAGCCCACCGCAUGGUGACGUCUACUGGCCUGCUGCAAGGGGCGUGA